CUCGACACUGGGAUGAACCUGAUGAAGAAAGGAGAGCUGAAUGUGGUAGCAGGCGCUCCACGAUCAAACCACAGCGGCGAGGUUUUACUACUGAGACCAGAAGACAGAACAGAAGCAAGAAACUUAAAAGUCGAACACAUCCUUAGAGGACCGGGUUUAGCCUCCUCCUUUGGCUACGACCUCACCAUUCUUGACUUAAACGCAGACGGGUGGGAUGACAUUGUUGUGGGUGCACCCGAGUUCUCCAGUAAAAACAUGGAUGAUGAUGUAGGAGGUGCUGUGUACAUUUACAUCAACCAAGCCGAGGGUCAACACUGGAGCCACAUCCAACCAGUGUGUCUGUAUGGUAAAAAAGACUCCAUGUUUGGACUGGCAGUGGCGCAUGUUGGGGAUCUCAAUCAGGAUGGAUACCAAGAUUUUGCAUCCAGUGCACCAAAUGAGGAUUCAGGGAGAGGUCGAGUGUAUAUUUACCAUGGUUCAGCUGCAGGAUUUCAUCACAAACCAACGGUUUUAGAUGCUGGAGAUCAUAGCAUCAAAUUGUUUGGUUAUUCCUUGGCUGGAAACAUGGAUAUGGACAGUAAUGGCUAUCCAGAGCUGGCUGUGGGUUCAUUCUCAGAUACUGUGCUGAUUUACAGGACUAAGCCAGUGAUAAACAUAGAAAAGACCUUAACAUUAACACCAAAUAAGAUUGACUUCAAGGCACAGGACUGCAAGAGAAAACCAUGCAUUAUUACAGCUCAAUCCUGCUUCACCUACACAACUGAGCCGCAAACAUACAAUCCCAAACUAAGGAUUGAGUACAAACUGGAGGCCGAUACAGUGCGCAGAGAGAGGGGUCUUCCUUCACGAGUGGUCUUUGUUAAUUCGGACGCUGCAAACGGACGCCAGCAACUGAAAGCACAGAGGCAAAAAUCAUGUGUGCAGACCAAGCUGAGACUGCUGGGGGAAAUCCAGGACAAGCUGACCAGUAUUAGCAUCAGCCUGUCUGUUUCUCUACCAUCUGACAAUCCAAAACAGACCAUCAGAAACCUGCCUGAUCUGGAGCCAGUUCUCAACACACUGCAGGAAAAAACAAGCAAAGCAGAGGUCUCGUUUCUGAACUCGGGCUGUGGAAGUGACAACAUCUGCCAGAGUAACCUGCAGCUCCAGUACAGCUUCUGCACCAAAGACCAACAGCAGGACCAGUGUGACCCUCUAGCCAUGGAAAACGGUGUUCCUGUAAUUUCGCCUGGUGAUGUGAACAUUGCCCUGGAGGUCACAGUCACCAACACAGGAGGAGAUGAUGCCCAUCACACUCAACUCUAUGUGAUGUUUCCAGAAGUUUUGCAUUUAACAUCAGUCGUGCCGAAGAAGAAUAGCGUUACCCAGGUGCAGUGUAACCCCAAUGAGAAUAGAACACAGGCCGACUGCCAACUUGGAAAUCCUUUGAAAAGAGACGCAGAGGUUUCAUUCUUCCUGAUGCUGAACACAGAAAAACUUUCCCUAAGAGUAACUGCUGCUAAUGUGACUUUGGCCCUUAAAACGAUCAGCAUUCAAGAUGUCCCAAUAGUUGUUGCGGAAGCCAAAAUUAUAUUUGAACUGCAUCUAAAUAUCAUUGGUCUUGCUAAACCUUCCCAGUUGUUCUUUGGAGGAGAAGUGAAAGAUGAGAGAGCCAUGAAAGCAGAAGAUGAUGUUGGCUCUUUGGUCCAAUAUGAGUUUAGGAUUUUUAACAUCGGUCGGCCUCUGAAGUCCUUCGGUUCUGCUGUGCUGAAUAUUCAGUGGCCAAAAGCGACUAAAGCAGGAAAACGGCUGCUGUACCUGAUGCAGAUCACUGAUCGAGGAAAAAACAUCAUUCACUGCACUCCGUCAGAGGCUAUCAACACACUCAGAUUUAACAUGGCUUCAUCCAGAGGAAAGCGGGAACUGGAGCGUGAAUCCGGCUUGAAGGCUCUUGCCUCCACUUCUGAUUUUUUCCCCUUUCUGGGCAACAAAAGAAAGUAUAAAACCCUGACGUGCGCAGAUGAGUUGAGCUGUGUGGAGCUGCGGUGCCCUCUAGAGGCGCUGGACAGCAGCGCAGUCAUCCUGCUGCAUGCGCGCUUAUGGAACAACACCUUUCUUCAGGAAUACAGCUCAUUGAACUACUUGGACAUCAUAUUGAAUGCAUCUUUGACCCUUAAUGGGACUCAAGGGAAUAUUGGAAUGCAGCCAUCAGACACUAAGGUGAAGCUGACAGUUUUUGCAGAGAGAAGACCUGCUCUGCUCAGCCGAGUGCCAUGGUGGCUCAUUCUUCUCAGCGUCGUGACCGCUCUGCUUUUACUAGCUUUGCUCUUCUACCUGUUGUGGAAGUUUGAGUGCUUGACGUGUGGAGCGUGUGCCAAACAGAAGGAAGUUUAAGAAGCAAUGGAGAAGUGUCGAGCAGACGGAGACGAGUCUUCUCAAAGAUUAACAGGAUGCUGUACAGUUUUUUUUUACAAUUCUUUUAUGCAGAUGCAUUUUUUUCCCUCUACACAUACUUUUAUUUGGUUGAUGUUCAUAAAUAAAUGCUAUUAACUACAAA